GUUGAAGAUUUAGUAAUUCACACCAGUGAGAACUGAGAGAAGAAGAUGAACAACCGAAAAUGAAAUCACCAAAACCUCCGAAUCUCUCUGAUAAAUCUCUUAAACCCAAUUUCUUCUACGGCCACCGUAAGCCGUCACAGAACCGCCCAAUCGUCUACGGUGGUCUCUUCUCCAACCGCCAGUCUCUAACCAGAGACUCACCCCAACCACAAUCCAACGCCGUCGCUCACCGAACACCUUUCGAUCUCCGCAAAUGGGAUCCAGAAAUCCAUCUCCCAUUAGAAAGAUCUUCCUCUUCACCUUCGUCGUCUUCCACGGUGAUCUCCGCCGCCUCCGAACGUCUAUCUCCAAUCGCGAGAUUCGUCCUCGACGCAUUCCGCAAGAAUCGUAACCAUUGGGGUCCCUCAGUGGUCUCGGAGCUAAACAAACUCCGCCGUGUAAUGCCGAGUAUCGUCGCCGAGGUUUUGAAAUUAGGUAACGAUGCUGCAGUUGCGGCUAAGUUCUUUCAUUGGGCUGGUAAACAAAAAGGGUAUAAACACGAUUUCGCUGCUUACAAUGCUUUUGCUUAUUGCCUUAAUCGAAACGGACAUUUUCGUGCUGCGGAUCAAUUGCCUGAGCUAAUGGAUUCUCAGGGGAGGCCACCGUCGGAGAAACAAUUUGAGAUUUUGAUUAGAAUGCACGCCGAUAAUAGAAGAGGUUUAAGGGUUUAUUACGUUUACGAGAAGAUGAAGAAGUUUGGGUUUAAGCCUAGGGUGUUCUUGUAUAAUAGGAUAAUGGAUGCUUUGGUGAAAAAUGGUUACUUUGAUUUAGCUUUGGCUGUUUAUGAGGAUUUUAAAGAAGAUGGGUUGGUGGAGGAGAGUACUACUUUCAUGAUCUUGGUUAAAGGGUUGUGUAAAGCAGGUAGAAUCGAAGAAAUGCUCGAGAUUUUGCAGAGAAUGAGAGAUAAUUUGUGUAAGCCUGAUGUUUUUGCUUACACAGCAAUGAUCAAGACUUUGGUUUCUGAAGGGAACUUGGAUGCAAGUUUGCGAGUUUGGGAUGAGAUGAAUCGCGAUGAGAUAAAACCGGAUGUGAUGGCGUAUGGAACACUUGUUGUGGGUCUGUGUAGAGACGGUAGAGUUGAAAGAGGCUAUGAAUUGUUUAUGGAGAUGAAGGGAAAGCAGAUUUUGAUUGAUAGGGAGAUCUACAGGGUUUUAAUUGAAGGGUUUGUUGCGGAUGGGAAGGUUAGAUCUGCUUGCGAUCUGUGGAAGGAUCUGGUGGAUUCUGGGUACAUAGCUGACCUAGGGAUAUACAAUGCAGUUAUUAAAGGGUUAUGUAGUGUGAACCAGGUUGAUAAAGCAUAUAAGCUCUUCCAAGUUGCAAUUGAGGAAGAACUAGAACCAGAUUUUGAGACUCUAAGUCCCAUUAUGGUUGCAUAUGUGGUGAUGAAUAGACUAAGUGAUUUCUCCAAUUUGCUAGAACGAAUUGGAGAAUUAGGAUACCCUGUCACAGAUUACCUUACACAAUUUUUUAAAUUGUUGUGUGCUGACGAAGAAAAGAGAAUGAUGGCUUUAGAUGUCUUUGAUAUACUAAAGACUAAAGGUCAUGGCAGUGUCUCUGUGUACAACAUUCUUAUGGAGGUUCUUUACAAGAUGGGUGAUAUCCAAAAGUCCUUGUCACUGUUCUAUGAAAUGAAGGAAUUUGGGUUUGAACCAGAUUCAUCAUCUUACAGUAUUGCACUUUGCUGCUUUGUUGAGAAAGGGGAUGUCCAAGAGGCUUGUUCAUGUCAUGAAAAAAUCAUUGAGAUGUCGUGUGUUCCUUCCAUAGUUGCUUAUCUGUCUCUUACUAAAGGUCUCUGCCAAAUUGGAGAAAUUGAUGCGGUGAUGUUAUUAGUCCGUGAAUGUCUCGGAAACGUUGAAAGUGGUCCUAUGGAAUUUAAGUAUGCUCUUACGGUUUGUCAUGUAUGCAAAGGUAGUAAUGCCGAGAAGGUUAUGAAGGUAGUAGACGAGAUGAACCAGGAAGGUGUCUCUAUCAAUGAAGUUAUACACUGUGCGAUUAUCUCUGGUAUGUCUAAGCAUGGAACAAUAAAAGCAGCAAGAGAAGUCUUUGCAGAGCUGAAAAAGCGCAAAGUCAUGACAGAGGCUGAUAUGGUAGUCUAUGAUGAAAUGUUAAUUGAGCAGACAAAGAAGAAGACAGCUGACUUGGUGCUUUCAGGGAUCAAGUUUUUUGGUCUUGAAUCAAAACUAAGAGCAAAGGGUUGCAAACUACUCGAUAAGUAAAGUUUGGAACUGCUAAAUCAUUUAGCUGCACAGCUGACUAAGAGAAGGUGCUUUUGUCCAAACAACUGCAUAUAUACCUUGAUGCAUGACGAUAAGCUCGUUUGGGCGUUGGUAUUAGUCUGAGUUCAAUGUUUCCUGGGUAUGGUUUUUCAACCCAACCAUGCAAGUUUCGGAGCUCUUCCCAUGGAUAAAUCAAGACCCGGAAUUGUUUUUUGGGCUCAUUCUUCUGGUAGCUGAAGCUUGGAAGUGAGUAAAUCUUUGGAUUCAAG